UUAAUGGAAAUUUCGUCUAUACAUACCCAAUUAAUUGCCGUUUUGUUAUUUUGUACACGAGGAAACAUCACAUUUCGGACAAGCCAACCUCACUGCUCACUCUUGCAACCUUUCCCUCCCAUCUCAUUAAACUCUCUGUAUCAUAACUGAGACUAUCAAAUGAAAAUUUGAUUUCUAAGCAUUCAUAUGGACAUAGCAAAAAUGAGCAAGUCAUCCCCUGGAUGCUAUUUUGAUAUUGGGAAGAGGGCUAGAGAUGUGCUUUACAAGGACUAUGCUGAACGACCAGAAAUGCAGUUUCACUAUAAAUACUUCGACUGGAAUGUAGAUCUCUCCUGUGAACUAGAACAAGCUGUGCAAGGACUGAGGACCGUUCUAGAAUGUACGGUACCCGAUUCUGGGAAGGUUGAACUUCAAUACUUGAAUAAAUACAUGGGGAUUACAGGGAGUGUUGGAUUGCUGGCGAAUUCGGAAGAAGAAUUGGUCCCGGCCGCAACCGUGUCGGGUCUAAUAGGAACGAGCAUUGUGUCCCUGGGAGGCUGUGUUGCCCUUGACAUAUCAUCAAAAGCGAUUGAAAGGCUCAAUGCUGGUUUGAACUUGAGCAGUCCCUACCUUGCUGCUUCCUUGACCAUGGGAAGAGUGAGCCCAUCUCACAAGAUGCGCGGCGACGAAGACAAAUUCGACACUCUGAGAGGCUCAUUCUUUGUGGAUGUGAACCCCUUAACAAGAAGUGCCAUUGCAGCCGAAGUGAAUCAUAGCCUUUCGGAAAAUGUGACCAGUGUUACCAUGGGAGCGCAGCACGCGCUGCUUCCUUCGACUCUGAUCAAGGCACGACUUGACUCCUACGGCAAGGCAGGUUUUCUCGUUCAACAAGAUUUCUGGAAGAAAUUUUAUGUAACCAUGGCUGCCGAAAUCGAUCUCGGUGGCCGUGAAGAGAUGAUUCCCAAGCUUGGCUUCUCUAUGGCCCUGUGUCCCUAGUGGACAUUCUCAGUCAUGUAAAUUUUGAUUUUACUCUUCCAAUCAUUAUUUUUAAUUUAAUACAGGUCAACAGACUUGAAUCU